AUGCAACUGGAAACCGAUUGCCCUCUUGCUGUCCAAGCCUUAUAUUCUUCGGUUCUAUUGUGUUCUCCCUUUAGCGUGGUGAUUCAAGAGUGUAAGGAGUUGCUUGCUUCUUUAAAAUUUGUUCAGAUUCAAUUUGUUAAACAUUCUGCUAACAAGGCUGCCUAUUAUAUGGCUCGUAGCUCUUGUUUUCAUUCAGUUCGUAUAUUCACCGAGAGUAAUGCUCCGGUGGAUCUUUUGAAUAUUGAUUGGCCUCUUCCUAAGGUUUAUGCUCCAAUUUCGAGUAAAACCUUGAAGGUAGAAGAGCGCACUAUUUUUAUUCUUGGUUGUUUGAUGCCAAAGUGUGGGAGCGAUCCUCUUAGCUGGCGAGCGCUUCGUAUUCAGAGAUUAAGUAAAGAGGAGGAUUCAAAUAUCAUGUCUCGAGAAAAGGUCGAGCAAGGUGAAUCUGUUUCAAAGAUGAACUUAUGGGAGGAUUUGGAUGAUGAAGAUGACUAAGAGUUGGAUCUAUAAGAGUUGGGUAAAGCACUUUCUUAUGCUGCAACUAAGGCUUCUUAUGCCAAGAAACCUCAUUGUGAUGGGCAUCCAAAGACCAAGAAGCCCUCACCAUUAAGCACAACAUCGCACGUUGAAGAUACUAACAUACCAGUUUUACCUUGCUUUUACAUAUACACGCAAGAGGAGCCACUAUCAAAAGAUGUUAAUUCAAUUUGUUCAAACUAUUCAUCACUUUCCAUUAAGGCGAAUGGAACUAAUGAUGAAGAUAAUGUACCGAAAGAAUCGUGGGCAGAUGAAAAGUAUGAAUACGAUAGAGCGUUAACAGCUGACAGGACUUACUUGAAGUUUAAGAAACGAUUGGAUGCAUACCCAGAAGAACAAUGUUUCAGGUACUCAUUAGGUGGAAAGCCGCUUGUAUCUGAAAAAGUGGAAGCGGACCCUGGGAAGUGUAGGUUGUGUGGCAGUUCAAGACACUUUGAAAUGCAACUAAUGCAACUUAUCAUAAUUAAAUAUUAA